GCAGAGAGUUGGUAGACCAUUAUUUCACACGCUUAGUAAAAUAAUUAAACUCACACACGUACACGUUUACUUACCCUCUAUUUCUAUAAGAACCCUAAUCUCUUGGUAUCACGAGAAUUUGCAAUAAAAUCCAUCAUUCACUGUUCUAAUUCUUCUUCUUUCGGUCUCUGUCCGCAAAUCUCCAUUAUUGUAUAUGGAGCUCACUGAUAUUGUCAUAUUCUUCUUGGUCCUAUACUUUCUCUGCCUGUGGUGGCGCCGUUACGGCGGCAGCGGCCGUCGGAAUCUUCCACCUGGGCCGCCUGGUUGGCCUCUGGUCGGAAACCUUGUCGGUGUGUUGCUUCAACGUCGUCAUUUCGUGUUCAUGAUGAGAGAUCUACGUAAAAAGUACGGACCAAUAUUCACAAUGCAAAUGGGACAACGUACGAUGAUUAUUGUAACCGACGAGAAACUCAUCCACGAGGCCUUGGUCCAACGUGGAGCAACGUUCGCUUCCCGGCCGCGGGAUUCUCCGAUCCGGCUGAUGUUCAGUGUCGGAAAAUGUGCCAUAAAUUCGGCGGAGUACGGCCCGUUAUGGCGAAUUCUGAGGCGGAAUUUCGUGACCGAGCUAAUAACCCCGACUAGGGUUCGUCAGUGUUCGUGGAUACGCAAGUGGGCCAUGGAGAAUCACAUGAACAGGAUCAAAACGGAGAGUGUCGAGAAGGGAUUGGUCGAGGUCAUGAGCAAUUGCAGGCUAACGAUAUGUAGCAUAUUGAUAUGUUUAUGUUUCGGUGCGAAGAUAACGGAAGAAGAGAUCAAAUGCAUAGAGAGCGUUUUGAAGGACGUUAUGCUGAUAACGUCGCCACAGUUACCUGAUUUCUUACCGAUGCUAACGCCUUUGUUUCGCCGUCAGGUGAAACAGGCGAAGGAACUGAGGAAACGACAGCUCGAUUGCCUUGUCCCGUUGAUUAGGAAACGUCGCUUGUUCGUCAAGAAACGUGAAAACCCUAAUGCAGAGAUGGUGAGUCCAAUCGGAGCAGCUUACGUGGACUCAUUGUUUGACCUGAAAUGCGGCGAACGAGAGCUCGGGGACGAAGAAUACGUCACCCUCUGCUCGGAGAUCGUGUCCGCCGGUACGGACACUAGCGCCACGACCGUGGAGUGGGCUCUACUCCAUCUAGUCACGGACGAAACCGUACAGCAGAAACUCUACGACGAGAUCGAUAGUGUUGUCGGAAAAAACAGCGUCGUGGAGGAAGAUGAUGUGGAAAAGAUGCCCUAUUUAGAAGCCGUAGUGAAGGAGACUCUUCGCCGACACCCUCCCGGGCAUUUCCUUCUUUCGCACGCAACCGUGAAGGACACGGAACUCGGAGGGUACGAGAUCCCGGCAGGGGCAUAUUUGGAAUUUUACACGGCGUGGGUGACGGAGAACCCGGAGAUAUGGCCCGACCCGGGGAAUUUCCGGCCGGAGAGGUUCUUGACCGGAGGAGAAGGCUUUAACUCCGACUGGACAGGGACACGUGGCGUCACAAUGUUGCCUUUCGGAGCGGGGCGCCGGAUCUGCCCGGCCUGGAGUUUGGGCAUCUUGCAUAUCAAGUUGAUGCUGGCGAGGAUGGUCCACUCGUUCAAAUGGGUAUCCGAUCCGGGUCACCCACCCGACCCGACCGAGACUUACGCUUUCACGGUCGUGAUGAAGAACCCUCUCAAAGCCCGGAUUCUUCCUAGGAUUUGAUGGGUAUAUAUAUAUAUAUAUCCGUAUGGUUUAUCGGGCAUGUGCUUUGUGUGAGUUAUAUAUAUAUAUAUAUACGAGCUAGGUGUUGUGGUAAUCGUGGGGUUACUUUAUUUAGAAUGUCUUAAUAGGGUGCGUUAAUCAUGUUUUACUUUGGGUGUGUUUGGUCUAAUUUGUGAUAUGUCCGAAUGUCCUAUGCGUUGAAUGCAAGUACGUACUACACGUUCAAUUCUCAACGGAGAUAUA